AUGAGCAGACAAGAAAAAUUUGUGUUAAUAGAAUAUUAUAGAGGAAAUGGAAAAGAUUCUAAUUUAGUCACAAGUGAUAUAGUUUUCAAAAGCAGGAUUUCUAGUGCUAGCUGUGCUCUAUCAUUUAGUGCCGUAGCUUAUGAUGGCUAUAGUAUACAAAUAUUUGCUUACUUUUUACCCCCAGAUAUUGGAAUAUAUUAUUUUAUAAUGAGUUGUCAGUACUAUGGCUUGAUGUAUAUUUCUACUCCUGGAAAACAAGACAGAAGGGUGCUUGUGUGGGGCACUGGAACAAAUUCAAAGUCGGUAUACAUGGAAAAAAACGAAAAAAAAGCAAUUGAGAUUGUCUCUGGUGGUCACUAUAAUAAAAGCGCAGGUCUUAUUACACUAGGUGUAACCUUACCUAAUGGAACACAGUAUUCAGAUAUUCCUAACAGCUUUUUUGAUUCUCUAUUGUAAUCUAAACUUUAUUAAAAUGUUGUUAAA